AUGGAGGACUCGUGGCAUGACUUUUUUGGGUGCUCAGUUACUAAUCAGUGUUGGCGGGUAGCAGGUUUGUCCCAUAUUAUUGAUUCCCGUAUUCUUUCUUUUCAUGAUAUUACCUCCCUUCUUCUUGAUAUAUGUAGCAAGGAGGACAAAUUGAUUGCGGGUAGAGUUGCGGUUAUGAUUGAUUUGCUGUGGAAGAACCGUAAUAACUUGAUUUGGAAUAAUGAGAGUGAUGUUUUUUCUAAGCUUGGGUUGAAUGCUUUUUGUAGUUGGAGUGAGUGGUUUUCGGCGCAAAGAGAUAAUGGUCCUUCUGAUAAUUUGCCUCCGGUCCAGUCUUGGGUCCCACCGGUUGAAGGUAGAGUUAAAUGUAACGUCGAUGCCGGCUUUAAUACUAGACGGGGUACUACCAACAGGGCCUGGUGCAUGAGAGACCACCUAGGGAGGUUUCUUUUUGCGGGAGCAGCUUGGGAUUUUUGCAACUAUCCUAUUCUUGAAGCUGAAGCUAUGGCUCUUAAAGAAGCUAUCCAUAGUGCCAUUGAUUUGCACAUGGAGAAUGUCAUUUUUGAAAGCGACUCUCAAAUAACGGUUCAAGCUAUCUUGUUAAAUCGGCAAGGUUGUUCGGAUUUUUGUUCUAUUAUUUCUUCCAUCAAUAAGUUGCUGCUUGAUUUUCCCAACAUUGAGGUAAAGUUUGUAAAACGCCAAGCGAAUUCGGUGGCUAAUGCGUUAGCAAAGGCGGCCGAUUCUUGGACUAGGCGUAGUUCCUUUGAUAUGAUUCCUUCUUGUAUUGAACACAUUUUGAUUAAUGAUAUGAGUUGA